AUUGAAGUAAUUUCUGCCUAAUUAAAAAAAAUUAAAUCAUAUUCAGAUUUAUUUACUAUUUUCCACCAAAAAUAAAACAGCACGCUCCGGUAACUUGGUCAACUCAAUCUUUUUGCUCAGUUCAACCUUUCGCCGGCAUCACUAUUUUUCAAUUCUCCGAUCAAUGGAAGACGACGGUGGACGACGUACCAUUCUAGGGCAAGGUGGUGAUCGAGUAAAGCUCAACGUCGGCGGUAAGCUCUUUGAAACCACAGUAUCAACACUUCGUUCUGGUGGACCAGAUUCUCUUUUAUCCGUCUUAACGAAUCGGAAUUCCGACGAGCCUGUUUUCAUCGACCGGGACCCAGAAAUCUUCUCGGCUCUUUUAGCUCUUCUCCGGUCUAAUCGUCUCCCUUCAACAGCAAAACGUUUCUCUAAUCAAGAGCUUAUCGAUGAAGCUGUUUAUUACGGAAUUGAAUCACAACUCAGAUCUGCACUCGCCCCGAGUCGACUCAGUGGAAUCGACGCGUCACUUUUCUCAACCAUUCGUCCUACCUCUGAUGGCGUUGUAACGGACUUCAAUGCUGUAGACUCUGAUGGCUCCGUUUGGGUUGCUCACGGCGGGCAGGUUUCUGUUUAUGAUUGGAGUUUGACACAUACCGAAACUAUUAGGACACACCUUGAUUACAUCAGCUCCGUUAGGAAGGUUGGACCCGAUUUGGCUGGUGUUGCUUCUGAAUUCGAAUCCGGGCUCCAUUUUUACAACUUGGCUAAUGGACGUAGAGUUGGCUCUGUGGAAUGGACCGACCCGUCUGACCCGAGAAUCUACAAGGCCCGAGUACACGCUGUUGUUGACUCGCCGGACUCUGUUUUUGCUGCCUUCGAGUGUCAACAUAGAGAAAAUUGUGUUCUGAGUAUUGAUAAGUCUACGAUGAAAGCGGUUUCGGAGUUGGGAAGACAAUCUGGUAAUUCGGCAAAGUCAACUGUUGUUGGAAAGUUAACAUUUUUGCCGGAGAUUAAUGCGCUAGUCGGUGUUUCAGUUACUGCCGGAGCUUUUGGGUAUGCCGGUUAUGUGCGGUUGUGGGACUCCAGGUCCGGAGACGUUGUCUGGGAGACGAAUGAGCCGGGUUCAGGUCGGAGCAGUCGGUUCGGGGACUCGUUUGCUGACGUUGACUUUGACAGGGAGGAUUUGACUAUGUUCAAGAUAUGUUCAAAAUCAGGUGAUUUGGCUGUGGCAGACCUACGUAAAUUAAGUGAAGAUCCAUGGGUUUAUCUGGAAGAGAAAAAUCCAUGCAUGAGGAAUUCAGGUGGUGGAACUAGUAGCUUGAUUCACUGUUAUAGACAGCAGGUGUUUGUGGGAAGAGAAGGAGGGCUGGAAGUAUGGUCGAGAAUGGUGGAGAAUAGAAGUGAUGUUGAGAGGGAAAGGGUGUUGCAUGAAGGAUUGUAUAGGAGGAAUUAUAUGGAUAAAGUGGAGGAUGCCGGAAGAGGGAUCAUAAAGAAGAUUGAGGGAGCUGGAGAUAGGUUGUUUGUUUCUAGAGAAGAUGCUGAGGGGAUUGAAGUGUGGCAAAGUUCUCAGUUUUCCGGUGCUGUUUUAAGUUUGUGAUCGUGUGGAGCUGUGAGCUUUGUAUGAGCUUACGUUGCCUGUUUCAUGUCCUAACAGAGAAGAGGGUUGCAAUCAAUUGACGAUUCGAGUGAAACUACGAGCCGACCUGAGCUACUUUGAGAUUGAGCAGAUUUGUUGUAGUAUAUUUUUGAGCUGUUUGCAAUGGUCAUCAAUGGGAAGUUGGUCUAUGGUCAGAGUAAAGUUAGAAUCCACCCCGAACUAGUUUGAGAUUGAGCUUAGUUGUUGUUGUAUAUAUUUUAGCUGUCCAACUACAGCUUGCAAUGGUCAUCAAUGAAAUGAAUUGUGUAUUUGGUUGGAUGUCAAGUUGAUCAAUCAAGGAACAAUGUGCAAAGAUUUGAUACGACCGUGACAAAUACCUGAAAUCAGAUUCUUGUUGAUCCAUUUUGGACAUGAUGUUGAUCAAUCAAGAACAAUGUGGACGCGUGUUAUGCCAUCAUGUGAAAUGAAUUUGGGGUUUAUUGGUGAAUUUGGGCAUCCCUGUUAUCAAGAAAGAAUGGUAUCCAAGCGUGUUUAAUUAUUUGUAUCAGAGGUUCAAGGACUAAGGCCUUUUCAAUUAGUUCUUGUUAGAAUUGUAGAGGAAAAGAAGUUACUCGCUGAUGGAGUUGAAUGAUCCCAAGCCAGUAAUAUUCUUGAAGGUCACAUUGCAUACCAAGCAGAACAGCUGGGCUGCAAGCUUGGAGAUCUUUAGGGUUUGGUAACCUCAUUAUUUUUUGUCGUGUUAGUACAUUUACCUCAGGUCCCAUGUUUUUCUAGGAAUCUUUUAGUGAGAGAAAAUAGUGAGAAUCUAGUAUUUGUAUUCUGUUUCAAAAAAAAAGAAUCUAAUACUUGUAUUUUUGUUCAAUACUGGUCCAAGAUGAGCUUAAAUGGAGCAACAUGCUCCGUGAGGAUUUACAUCGCUGACCCCAACUUGCAGCGUUGUUGUAAAUUGGUUUGUGAAAAUUUUCUUAGGAGGUUGAGAUGCGCGCUAUUUCCAAAUGUUAAAUGAAACAAAGCAUGUCGGUCAACUAGCAUAAACACUUGUAGUAAUGCUCCAUUGGCCAUCCUUGUUGUUUAAUUUCUUGUUAUAUGUUAGUUAUGUAGGACAACUUUUCUUGAUAUUUAUUAAUCUGCUCAUUAAAUCAGCAUUGUGUGUGGUGGUGGGUUAUUGCCUCUCUUCAAAGCAUUCUAGAUUGACUGGUUAACCUAUGUAUAUUCAUUUUCUUACAGAGCUAACUAUAGUAAGUUGUUGUAAGUAAGCUUGCAACAUGAUUUGCCUAAUAGAUACUGUAUAAUUGAACUACAGUAAUAAAUCAUUCAACAAUUAUUGUUAAUUGCUGUUUGCAUAUAUACUAUGCCUGGAUGCUUUAGGAAAAUAGUUCACAGUAAGUAACUUCUGGCCUCAAUUUAAGUUUGACUGAAGUCUCUGCUGCUACUGAUGUUUUCCUAAGGGCUAGUUUUCAGCUUGUGAAUAUGAGCCCCAGCUAUCAAAUUAUAACAAAUCCAACUAGGUGCGUGUUUAUUUAUUAAUAAUGGCGUGGGAUAUAAUUUAUCCAAACAUGUAAAGAAGGCUGGAAUUGCAUACUAUUACUUGUUGAUUGCCAGGAUGGUGGUAUGUGUGUAUCUUUAAUGAUCAAGAUAGUGUUUGGCGGUGUUCGGGAAAGCGAGCGCUUCAUUGCUUUAAGCGAUGAAGCGAAGCGAAGCAAGGGUUCAGCGCUUCAGCGAGAAAAUCAUGAAGUGACCAGAAGCAGCCCCGCUUUUGGGAUUGAAGUGUGAAGCGAGAAAAGCGGCACUUAUAUUUUUUUGAUUAAUAAGUGAUCAUUUUAAAGAAUAAAAAGAGUCACCACUUGUAAGGUUUCAGUGUACUCUUCCCUUCCAACUAGAAGUUGGGAAAAUGAACUUCUUGCAUCUUUAGCUACUGGAGUGCUGCGAGAAAUUGGACAGCGAUGCAACUCAAAGGUUGAGCUCAGGCCUGUGGUGAGCACCAGUGAGGAAUUGCAAUUUUCAGUUGAGGUUAGAAAAUUCAUUAUGGAAGAAUGUUUUUCACCUAUCCGAAGCUAUUGCAGGGAUUGAUUAAUUGCAUUGUUUGUCGUAUAAAUAUGAAGAGAAAUUUCCGUUAAACAGCACUAGCUUCCACUGAUAGUAAUAGUGUUCCUCUUUUGAUUCUAACGGGAUACUAGGAUGUACUGUGCAAGGUAAUGGCUGACGAGAUACCUGAAAGUCGUGUGCUAAUGACUUUGACAUUCAUGGAUAUGUCUUGAUAUUUGACUCUGAAAAUUGUAUGAACUGUCUGUUAAUGUCAAUCUUUGAAAAUGUUCAUUUUGAUA